AUGUCCGCCAUUACUUUCCCAAACGGCUUCCCCUCCCAUCAUUCCUCUUCUUCAAUGCAUGAGGAUGCCGCAUAUGAUAUGCUUGGUAGUGCGAGUGGUUUCACAAUGAACCCGUUGAGCGCGCACCCGCCACGGACACCGCAUACCAGUAUCAGUGCAGCCAGCGCGCCCAGUAUAACAUAUAACGCCUCCGACAUCUACACAUCUACUGAAGAGAAUGAGGAGAAACCCGUUGACAUCGAGGAGGAGGUCGCAGAGGCGCACAGGGAACGCAGGGAAGGGGAUAAGCUGAGCCCGCGACCUGUGCGGAGGGAGGAUGUCUGGCGAGAGAUUCUGAAGAGCUCAACUGGUCGAGAUAAAGCAUUGAAAAUCAUCCAAUAUACCCUCAAGAUGUACCUGCUCUUCCACUCGACAGUCGCCGUAACCUCCCGGCUGGCGAAACGUUCCGCCAUCCAACAGGACAUAUCCCGACGCGCAACAUCAGCCGCCGCCGGUCUCUCGCUUGCCAGGAAAUGCCUUAUCCUGUUCAACUGGCUCCCACCCUUGACCGAGAUUCUGGCCGAGAACGCUGCUUCUGUUGACCCGUCUGCUAGUGCUGCACUAGGUGUGGCACCGCCGCCGCCCAAACCUUUGUUACAUACCUUCUUGCAUGCGCCGCCACCCGUGCUCCUCGAACUUCUGAAUGCUGUGGCGGACGAUACAUCUACUUGGGCAAAGCUCGGCUUGCUGACGGGUCGGACAGGCGAACGUGCCGGGCGCAUAGCGGACUGGUGUUGGUUUGCCAGUACACUUAUCGGGCUCGUUGAGAACGGAGUCGAGCGGUCGAUGAUUAUCGGAUCCCAGCGCGCCGUCGAGACGCGCAUGUUCACAGAAUCGAUGUCGGGUGCCACAGCCAAAUCGGCGCCUCGAAACUCGAUGGUCGACGAGGGUGAGCUGGAGAAGCUCCAGCGCCAAGACUACUGGCUGCAGGUGACUCGCAUGAAGCUCCUCAUGGACCUCGUCUUUGUUUCGUACGACGUCUUUCGCGUAAAGAAAGCCAAGGGUCCCAUUCAGACUGUGGCUGGGCUCGCCUCCGCUCUCCUGAGUUCCGCCAAGCUCUACGAUAAACACCGCAAUCAGCUACUUAAGGCUUCUCACUUCUAG